GAAGGAAGACUCCAGAAGGAGAGAGGACUGAGAGGCCCCUACUCUCAUCUCCCUUUGCUUUCCAGACCCAGCAGCUGCCUGGGCAUGGACGGUGUGGGCACCGCGGUGCUGUUCCUGCUGCUGGCCGGCAUCUACCUGCUCCUGUCCUUUGGCUUUCGCAGCAAGGGCCGGCUGCCCCCGGGCCCCAGGCCUCUCCCCAUUCUGGGGAACCUGCUGCAGCUCCGCUCCCAAGAUUUGCUGACCUCACUCACCAAGCUGAGCAAGGAAUAUGGCUCCAUGUACACCGUGUACCUGGGGCCCAGGAGAGUCGUGGUACUCAGCGGGUACCAAACGGUGAAGGAGGCACUGGUGGACCAGGGGGAGGAGUUCAGUGGCCGUGGAGAUUACCCAGUGUUUUUCAACUUUACUAAGGGCAAUGGCAUCGCUUUCUCCAAUGGAGAACGGUGGAAGGCCCUGAGAAGGUUCUCUGUCCAGAUACUACGGAACUUUGGGAUGGGAAAGAGAAGCAUUGAGGAGCGGAUCCUGGAGGAAAGCAGCUUCCUGUUGGAGUCCCUGCAGAAUACACAAGGAAGAGAUCGACGCUCGCGACAGCCCACGCUGGAGGACCGCGCGGCCACGCCCUACGCCGACGCCGUGAUCCACGAGGGGCGGUGCUUCGCUGACGUCAUCCCCAUGAACCUGCCGCACCGCGUCAUCAAGGACACGGCCUUCCGCGGCUUCCUGAUACCCAAGGACACAGACAUCAUCACCCUCCUUAACACCGUGCACUAUGACCCCAGCCAGUUCAAGACACCCCUCGAGUUCAAUCCUAAGCACCUAGAUGCCAAUCAGUCCUUCAAGAAGAGUCCAGCCUUCAUGCCCUUCUUAGCUGGUGAGACACAUGAGAUGCAGGCUGUGCCAGGGGAGUCAAUGGCCAGAAUGCAAUGCUUCCUCUACUUCACUGCCAUCCUGCAGCGUUUCACCUUGCAGCCGCUGGGGGCGCCCGAGGACAUCGACCUGACCCCACUCAGCUCUGGGCUGGGCAAAGUGCCCAGGCCUUUCAAGUUGCAGGUGCUCCCGUGCUGA